UGAGACUGUGGGACUUAACAGAGGUUAAAUAGACAGGGAGCCAAAGCGAGUGAGUGAGUGAGUGAGUGAGUGAGUGAGUGAGUGAGUGAGUGAGUGAGCGAGCGGGAGACCUAAAGAGAGAGCUGACUGUGACGGCACACACAGAGAGCAGGUUGAACCUGAAAGGUUAUUUUCUACACAGCAGACCAACCCAUGCUUUGAGAAUUGUGUGUGUCGUCGUGAGAAAUCUGUGCGUGGUAGCAGCGUUGCACACACAGAAACAAACCGUAAUUGAGAUCUGAAAGAUUACCGACUGGGUCCCCUGCAGAUGACAUGCAGUCUCAGAAGAGAGUGGAGGUGCACGACCAUCUGAAUGGCACACGGAUCAUUUUUUCAGACGAGGCUCUUCCCGGCAACGGAGCCCGCCAGCACUUCAUGACUCCAGAUAUGACCCAGGACGUAGUUGUCAUCUCUCCUGGUUUGCCCACACCUCCUUUAAGUCCAUUCCACAAUAGUUCCACCGCUGUGUCGUCUCCACAAAAGGUUGCUGAGGUCAAUGGAGGUGGAUUCCCACCAUGCAGUUUCGGAUCUUACUAUGGUCCAACUCAGACGAACGUUGGAUUAUCUAACGGUGGAGUGAGAAGUGAAGGCUCUGUCACGUUACCUCAGACGCCUGCCUCACGAGAGGAGCGCCUGAUAAAGUUUUCUGGAAUCGGUCCUGUAGAUGAGACAGGAAUGCCAAUCGCAUCUCGAUCUAGUGUAAACAAGCCCAAGGACUGGUACAGAAGCAUGUUCAGACAAAUCCACAAGAAACCAGAGGAGCCUGAAAUUGACUGGAGAGAAAGGAACCUGUCAUCUUCACCUCCACCAGAUUCUUCUCAGCAGGAUGGGGGUUCAGGCCCCUUCACCCUCUCCCAGCAUGGUGCCCUGCCCCACUGGGCUGAUCUGGAUGACAUAGCGAAGCACCCAGAACCGAAGAGUAUUUUUGACUUUGAGCCUGGUAAAGGAGUACCGGUGGAGAACCAUUGUCAGUCACUGAAGCUUGAGUCACAGUCCUUAUAUCACCCACCACUGAAACCUCAAUCACCAUCCAUAGAGGCGACAUUGGUUUCAGAGCUGAAUCGUUUUGAGGCGGAGCUGGACUCAGAUAUCCUUGGUCUAGAGAGGAAGUUAUCACAGAAACAGCACCAGCGGCGAGGCAGGGGUGAGGAACCCAAACUCAACACGACAGGAGUAGAAGAGAACAGACGUGAGAACAGCUCUCCGAUAUUUCCCUCCUCUGCUGUAAAGCAGGGCACAACGCCGAGCUUCACACAUACCGAUGUAUAUGGGCAGAUAUCUCAUAUCUGGUCUUUGGCUCCUUCUACAGAUCGAAUGACGCCAGAGAUGGAUUUCCCACCUAAGAAAGAGGAUAAGAAGAUGAAAGCAGCGCGAGCCAAAUUUAUUUUUCUAGCACAGUCACCAAAAGAGCUGACCAUACAGAAAGGUGAUGUAGUGUAUAUACACCGGCAAGUGGACGCCAACUGGUAUGAAGGAGAGCAUCAUGGGAGAGUGGGAAUCUUCCCCACCAGCUACGUGGAGAUUAUUCCCCCGACAGAAAAACCAACUCCAAUAAAGUCGCCCACCGUCCAGGUGCUGGAAUAUGGAGAAGCAGUAGCCAUGUUCAACUUUAAUGCAGACCUACCUGUGGAACUUUCCUUUAGAAAGGGGGAAGUGAUCUCCAUAGUCAGGCAUGUAGAUGAUCACUGGUUGGAGGGUCGUAUCACCGGCACCACCCGCAGUGGAAUCUUUCCCGUCAACUACGUCCAGGUCAACAAAAUGCCCCGCACUAAAACCAGUGAUGAUUUUCCUUCCUCUCCCCUCUCACCUUCUGCUACCCCAGAGCCCCUCAGUCCCGGCCGGCCGCAGCACUCGCCCCUCAGUCCCGGCCGGCCGCAGCACUCGCCCCUGUCUCCCUCCUCACGCUACCCCGAACCUCCUCUUUCAGCUCACAAACACUUCAGCCAGUCACGCUCCCCUCUGUCACCGGCACAACGCACCUCCCCAAAACAGCCAUCCACCCACUUUCUGUACUCGCCUGGCAUCACUUCCUCCACCUCACCCACGGGCACCCUGAGUGGAGCUCUGCACCCUCACAGCCCACUGGACACAGACACCAGAUCACCAGUGUCACCAUCCAACCAUGUGCUGACAUCUCCCCAGGGCCCAGGACUGCCACUGAACACCAACUCACACAUCACACAGGAUGGUCCCAGAACACUGUCUCCACUGCCAAAAUCCAAAGUUAAGAUUCCUUCAACAUCAAAGUCUCACAUUGGUUCUGCAGUUCUUCCGCGACAACCAUAUAAGGCUGUUUACAACUAUAAACCCCAGAAUCGAGAUGAGCUGGAAUUAAAGGAAGGAGACAUCGUACAGGUGAUAGAGAAAUGUGAUGACGGCUGGUUUGUAGGUACGUCUGAACGUUCACAAACGUUUGGAACUUUUCCUGGCAACUAUGUAGCACCAGUUUGAGAGCCACAAAUUCCUGUCAGCAAGUUCUAGAUCUUUGCAAGCACAGUCACUGUCACUACAGACUUAACCACUAAUGGAUGCAAUAUACAGUCUGUACUGUCUCUGUACACUAAAGACCCUCUUCACGCUCAUAGAAAUAUAGACACAAGUUUCCGUCUUUCUUCACAUCAUACACUUCAUCCACAAAGCAGAUAUGCAUGUGCACUCCUCACCAUGUUACCAUGGUGCCUUCUACAGAGGUUGAACACAGAAGAGUUUGUCUCAGACCCCUCACAUUUUGAGAAUAAGUGUGUUGGAUUUGUAUAGACACUACUCACUGCAUGGUGCUUUGAAGAUCCUUUUGUUUGAAAAGCACCAGAGACAACUUUUACACAAUUCUUGUGGGUUUUUGAUGAUAUUCCCAAUUUUAAAGUCUUUGAAAUAUUUAUCCUCAUUUUCCUUUCAGAUUUGUAACAACGCUGCCUGUGAACUCCGCAAAUUGUGAGGACACAGAGCUAAUGUUUGGAUCUCAGAUGUGGUCAAAACUGUCCAUUCUUUACAAUCAUAUUAUAAACACAGUCGCCGUCUUUGCAAUCAUUAUCAAGUGUCUGCAAGUGCUUCACGCAAUUGUCUUUAAGUGUUAAAUCUGUCUGUAUAAUGUUUAUUGUGUGACAAACUCAUACAUUAUCCUAAAGGUGUAAGACAGUGAAACAGUGUUGUUUUAACCUUUUUAGGCAAGUCUCCUGCUCAGUGGAAACCAUUUGGUCUUGGUGUGGGUUAAGUAGUUUUACUCUGGUCUUGGAUUGAACAAAGAUAUAUAUAUUAAAUCCAAGAUAUACAGUAUAUAUAUUUUUAUGCAUUACACUAACUAAUGUGGGAUAUGCCUUGAUGUUAGAGAGAAUGAUGGGUAAAACCACUGGACGACCAUCAGAUUUGUUUGUAAUUUUUGCCUCUUGGUCGAACAAACACGUUCGGUCCAUCCCCAAAGUGUUAUUUUUAACCUUUUCGCAAACAAAAAACACUGCAGUGUUUUAAGUGCCAUCACCAUGACAGACCUUACUGUGGAUUAUAUCUAAAAAAGCUGUAGUUUUUACCAACAGUCAUUAAAAUUAACAUUUUAAUGAUCUCUAAGAAUUUACUGUUUUUAUUCAAUAUGCCACAUUAUUCAUCUGUAUUUGAAAAAACAAUGGUCAAUCAUGUCAAUCACAAUCCUCUGUGAUUUUAUCAUUAAGAUAUUUAUAGUAUAAUUAGGACUUCUUAUCCACUUAUAAGACUAAGUCAGCUUGUGAUUAUAAUGUUAAAUUUCAUUUGCACUGGUUAAAAGAGAGGUCACUACAGACUUUUUAUAGCAGGUUUAGCCUUAAAGGUUGUUGAAGAUGCCAUUUUCUGUUCUGCACACUUAUUGGAUGUAAAGAUAAUAUAUUUUUAUUGAACUCACAAUGUAUUGUUGUAUGUAAAAGUACUCACAGAUUUUGAUAACGAUCAAAUAAAUUAAAAUAAAUAA